AUGAAGAGAAAACGUACUCAAAAUGAAAUGCAAAACAUUACUAGCUUCUUUGCUAAAAAGAAUCCUACUCCAACUUCUCUUCCACAUCCAACACAAAAUGAACAAACUAUAACUCCACCUCAAGAAAGUGAGCAACUUUCAUCUCCAUCUCAUUAUUCAACUCAAAAUUCCCCUCAAAAUGAACAAGGCCAAUGUUCUCCUAAUGCCCCAAUCUUUGGAGAAAGAUUAAGUGAACAUGAAUUUGCUAAUCUUCCACAAGAUCCAGGAAAGAGGAUAAAAAUGAGUCAAUUUCAUAAAGAUGAUAGAGAUUUAGUGAGAAGAAUUUACAUUCAAAGAAAGCCUUGUCAGCCCAAAGACUUUACAUUUCCUCAAACUUCUAUUUUUGGCAAAAAUGGUCAGGGUUAUGAUGGGGAAAGUAAUAUGCAAGGUUCUAUUAAUGGCCUUAGGACUCUUAUAGAGAAUGAGUGUAAAGAAGCUUAUUUUGUCCACUGCUUUGCUCACCAACUUCAAUUAACUCAAGUUGCACUUGCUAAAAAGAAUUCAGAUUGUGCUUGGUUAUUUGUUGAUGUACUUGCACCUCUCUUGAAUUUUGUGGGGGGUUCACCAAAAAGGAAAGAGUUUCUUCGUGAAAAUCAAGCUCAAAGAGUGGUGGAUGCAUUGUCUCUAGGUGAACUUGAAACGGGUUCAGGUUUAAAUCAAGAACGUGGAUUAGGUAGACCUUGUGAUACUCGUUGGGGAUCUCACUUCAAGACAAUCUUGAAUGUACUUGAUUUAUUCCCUGUAAUCCUUGGUUCUCUUGAGGAUAUUGCAAAAGUAUCUGAUACAAUAGAUUCUAAUAGAGCUCAAACACUUACAAAUCUUCUGAUGUCCUUUGAUUUUGUGUUCGUGGCACACUUGAUGGUUAGUAUAUUUGCGAUAACAAAUGCUUUGAAUGUGGCCUUACAAAAGCACGAUCAAGACAUUGUGAAUGCAAUGGCCAUGGUUAAUGUAACCAAGACUAAUUUGCAAAAAAUGAGAGAUGAAGGAUGGCAUUCUCAUAUGGAAAAGGUAAUUUCUUUUAUUGGUGACUAUGACAUUUCAGUUCCAGAUAUGGAGGCUAAAUAUGUUGUUCCCGGGAGGAGGUUGUUUAGAGGUAAAUGCCCACAAGUGUCUAAUCUACAUCAUUUUCGAGUUGAAGUUUUUUUUGGUGUCAUUGAUCUUCAAUUGCAAGAACUUGAAAAUCGAUUUCCCGAAAUAACUAAAGAACUACUUGUGUGUAUGUCUUGUUUGAGUCCUGUGGAUCGUUUUUCUAAGUUUGAUAAGGAAAAAUUGAUUAAGCUUGCAAAAUUCUAUCCUAAUGAAUUUCCAAGUUCAGAAUUGAUAGUCUUUGGUCAUACACUUGAUAGUUACAUUUGUUCUGUUAGAGGAGAUGAAAGGUUUUGGAAUUUGAAGGGUCUUAGUGAUCUUUCAAUCAAAUUGGUUGAAACGGGAUUGUCUGAAACUCAUGAUAGGGUCUAUUUACUUUUGAAGUUGGUGUUGCUUCUUCCUGUCGCAACGGCAAGUGUGGAAAAAGUAUUUUCUGGCAUGAAGCAAGUGAAAGACAAACUACGAAAUAGCAUGGGAGAUCAAAUGUUGAAUGAUUUAUUAUAUGAACAUUUGGUUGUAUUUUGUACUGUUUGA